GCGGGGGGUACAUAUUGGAUACAUUUGUGGAUACUGGGGUGUAGUUUUUUUAGUCAGUCACAAAAAUCCAAAACGUUUUAGUUCGAAGACGUUUCGUUCGACAGAACCAAACGGGGAGGGUUCUACCUGCAUUUGUCCAAUAGUAACUCUUGCAAAACGUUUUGUUUGAUCGAAUGAAGACACCCUAAGGUAAACUGAUCUGGCUUGUAUCUCAUGUUGAACUGAGCCAACUUAUUCCCACGGGCAUUUCUUUUCCGCGGCACGUCUGGCAAGGCUCCUACUCCUCUCCCCUUUCAGUUUGAUUUUAUUUAAAUUUGGGUCAGGGGUUAGGGUUCCUAGCGUCAUAUGGGCAAGAUGGCGAACCGACAAUUGUGAGGUGGGAGAGAGGAUGCCAAAUGUAAACUGUAUUCAUCGAUGAAUUAAGGUGUGUUAACCAAAGCCUGUGUGAGAAAUGGAGCAACAGAACCAUUCCAAGCAGCUGCUGCUGCAGCUCAACCAGCAGCGAUCCAAGGGGUACCUGUGUGACGUCAUCAUCGUGGUGGAGAACGCACUGUUCCGCGCCCACAAGAACGUCCUGGCGGCCAGCAGCGUCUACUUCAAGUCGCUGGUCCCCCACGACAACCUGAUCAACCUGGACACGGACAUGGUCAGUCCCUCCGUCUUCAGACAGGUAUUGGACUUCAUCUAUACCGGCCGCCUAUCCAGCUUUGACCCCGUCAACGACCACAGUGUCUCAUCCCUUUUGACCGCGGCGUGCUAUCUCCAGCUGACCGAACUGGCCGCUCUCUGCCGCAGGAAGCUCAAACGCAAUGACCACACCCCCUCCAGCUCCAACAAGCUGACCCCUGUCUCGUCCACUUCCCCGACCCCCAAUGCACACCCCUCUGGCCCCCUCCGCCUUUCCUCCACCCACCUCAGAGCCGUCCACCAAAAUCGCAACAACCACUCUGGGUCCAGGGGAGCCAACCAGAGAGCGGGCCAGGAGGAGAAGUUGAGAGAGGACCUCUCCGAGGAAGAGGUGUUUACGUCUGGGACGCGAUGUGCCUCCCUCAGCCCGUCCGGAGGCGGUAGGGUCAACGGGCUGGGUCUAGGACUGGACCUGUCCAAGAGGAGUCCAUCAGGUAGCACCACCACAGAUGAGGUCUCCCCCAGUAGUCUCACGCAGAGCUCCUCCCCCCACUCGUCCUCUCACUCUCCCACUCUCCCCACCACGGCUAUCGCCAAGCCAGAGCCCAGGGAGAACCAGGGACAACCUGCAAACCCUUCCACAGACACUCAGCCCAGGACCCCUUGCAAGAGGCCCCGACCCCACAGGGAGGCAUUCAACCUGGGGGCCGUGAGAAAAGAGCUGCCCAACGGCUUGGCGAAGGGACAAGGGGAGCCGGGGGGAGACAAGCUGGUCCGAGACAACAGUGUGACCCCAAAGCUGGAGGACGGGGAGGUGGACGGGGAAGAGUUUGGCCUGGACCAGAGCGAAGACAGCAGUCACAGUGGCAGUGAGGGAGGAGGGCGAGGAGGAAAAGGAAGGAGAAACGGCAACGCCAACUACAUCUACCGCCAGCCCCAGCCGGGCUUCGAACCCGGCGUUGGGGACAACCUAUAUGUCUGCAUCCCCUGUGGCAAAGGCUUCCCCAGCUCAGAGCAACUCAACGCCCAUGUCGACACUCACGCCCAGGAUGAAGUCCACCCCGACGACGAGGAGGAAGACGAAGAGGCCGGCAUAUACCCGAAAGAGGAGGACCUCGACCCGGACGACCCCGCCGACGAACCUCAGCAUCUCUGCACGGCCUGUGGUAAGAGCUGCCGGGACGCGGCGGCGCUGCGGCAGCAUGAGAAGAGCCACUGGCUGAACCGGACGUUCCCCUGUAACAUCUGCGGCAAGCCGUUCACCCAGCGGGGCACCAUGACGCGCCAUAUGAGGAGCCACCUGGGCCUGAAGCCCUUCGCCUGCGAGGAGUGCGGCAUGCGUUUCACUCGCCAGUACCGGCUCGUGGAGCACAUGCGCGUCCACUCGGGUGAGAAGCCGUACGCGUGCCAGCUGUGCGGCGUCAAGUUCACCCAGCAGCGCAACCUUCUCAGCCACCUGAAGAUGCACGCGUCACCCUCGUAGAGGUGGCCGAACACGCCUGGGUUCCACCUCCAUGCUGGGACACCCGCGUCGGAAUGAACAACGUCUGGCGCUGCUCGUCUUUUGGAAAUUUCACCCGUCGUUCGACCUUUUUUCUCCACCAUCCCAAAUGCCCCCUCCAUUAUCAGGGCAGCUGAUGCCAAUUACCGUUUUGUCAGAACCAGUCGUCCACAUGAAGCCAGCCAGCUCAGGGUAAGCACACGCCAGUCCAUCUGACUAAACCAAAGACUCCUUCCUCACCUUCCUAGGUGGCUCAAACUUAUGAUGAUGAUAACAAAGAUGACGAGAAUGAUGUUACCUUUCAGCAUCCAACCAAACCAGUCUUGUGCUGUUGUUGCUUUAGGCUGUUGUAGCCGUCCUGCUGGUCAAUGCCUCUCCUACCUCAUUCAAAGACACCCAGGGCCUGAGACUUGAUAUUCUCCAGCUAGAUGGAACAUAUUAGUGGGCUUUGCCACUGUGCAGUAACUUAUCACCUCCACAAACACUGCCUGUUGGCAUUUUAAAGAAACUGGUCUUGGGGGUUUUCAAGGGGGUGUAAACACUUAUUUACUCAUAGAUCAGACUUUGUAGUUUCUUAUCUGAAGUCUUAUGAAAAAGCCAAUCUUGGGGGGGGGGGUCGUCUUUUUUUUUUUAUUUUAAGUAACGUAUUGUUACAAUUGUGAAUGUUUAAACUGGGAAUUUCUACAUGAAGGGGGUUUGGAUCAGGGAGGGGUUGUACUCUGUUGGACUUUGGCAGAGUUUACCCUAAAAACAGUAACCUGAGGGUUCAUUUCGGGUUUUGUCCAGCUACCACUUACCGACAUGAAAGUUCCUCGCCCAAAGCAUUCCAAAGUUAAAGCUAAUCUUUUUGGGGUGGAAAAAAAGGACCCUUUUAAGGUUAACCUGGUUUACUGAAACUAGAUCUGUUCUGUUACACUGCUACCUCGUUCCUCUAGAGAACCAUCCCACACUCGUUUUUCAGUCUGGUGUGCUUUGUUUUCAACAAGUUCCAGACAUUUCCUAAUGCUAUGGGCUGAGGAGGGUAGUCUCCUGGAUAAGUUUAGUUCCAUUAUUACUAAUGUAUUGCAGAGCUGAAACUGCUAGUAGAUUCUGUGGUGGAAUCCAAAGAAAGGAGGAAUGCAAACCAUCAAAAAAUAACAACCAGUUAAAUAACAAGUUGUUCAUUGUCCAGGUGAGGUUUUACCAAUGUAAUGAUCUAACUGUUAAGUCCUCAACUAUCCUGGUUUCCAGGCUGUUUAGCUAACAUUCCACUCCUUGAUCUGUGUCAUGUGCCAAAACGUCAGGGUCUAACAUUCAUGUAGUACAUCUCAGCACUUGGUUGUUUGGUUACAGGCAUUAAGAAUGUCUACAGAUAAACAAAGGGCGAGAGAAUCUGUUCCAUUCAUCUCCUAUACCUUCAGGGAUGGUUCCUCGCAUUUCCAUUGAAGACCCCUAAGCUGUGUUAUCAAACUGUUGGAAAAAAUGUCUAUGCUGAAAGCAGAAACACUAGUUUCCUACAUAAGAGUUUUAUUAGAGGGGAAAGGAUGUGAUUUUAUAACCUCUUGUUUAAAAAAAAAUUCAAUAUAGAUUUUACUAUUUUAGUUCUUAAAUGUUAUAUCAGCAUGCAUUGAAUAAUAGAUACAAGCUCAUUCCAAAUUAAUGUACUAUUUUCUAAACCAAAGCACAUAGGCGACUGACUGUGUGCGUGUGUGUGUGUAUGCGUGUUACUAUGCGCGCGUGUGUGUGUGUGUGUGUGUGUGUGCGCGCGCGCGCGUGCACGCGUGUGUGCGCGAAUGUCAUUGUUUACAUAAACCUAACAGCCAGACCUCAGGCAAGGAGUAUAUUUCCACUUCAAAAACAAAGGAAAGAACAGGAUUGUUCAAUUGCAUGUAUUAAACCUGUAAAGUAUCUGCAUGUUAUAUGUUUUGUAAUGAAUGUCUUGUUUGUGGUCAGCCAAUAAUGUACAAAGGAUAGAAACGAGAUGUAUUCAGGGGGUAGCCAAGCUGGAAUGUAAUCACUCAUUAUUUUCAAGUAUAGGAAAAGGUACACAUCUGGGCUUUAGUCACAAACCCAUACCAGUUAGCUUUUCUCUGUUGCUGUCUGUGUUAUUUAGAAAGUUGUUGCAGACACUGUUGAUUGUCUAUUGACAAAUGUUUUUCCCUGGUUUUAAACCAGUCUUUCUUACAACUUUGUGGAUAAGAGAUGGGCUUUGUUGCUGCUCAUACAAAACCAAGACACUAAAUAGUCGCACCUUCAACUUUUAUUCUGCUGAGCAUGAGCACAUUCCUCAGCAUGGAAACACGCGUUGCAGGGGCCUGGCUGAUUCGGGGGCGUUGCAGGGGCCCGGCUGAUUGAUUCGGGGCAUUGCAGUACUGUCCACUAAUACUGUCCUUAAAAUCAAGCAAUUUUAGACUUAAUUAGUCUGCCUAUGUUAAUUAUUCAGUUCUUGACCUGUCCCCUUGAUAGCAGCAGUAAGCUUAGUGGGGUACUGAAGGUAUUAGAACCUAGUGUCAGUUGACUAAUGGAAGAACGAUGGAUUCAGUCGGGGAUGGAGAUGUGAAAAACACAGACCUAUUUCAGUUGUUUCACCAUUAUUCCAGAUACACAAAACUAGGUGUAGCUUAUGAUUUUAUUAGUGGAAAUGUAUUAAAAUCUGUCCAAGACACUUAAGGCCUAGAGGUAUUUCACAAAUGCUAGAUGUUCCAACUUCCAUGGGGUCACCUCUCCCCUACCUGAUCCUGGGCCUGGUUCAGCUGUCACAACGUUUUAGGGAGAACCGGAUUGUCCAUUGAAAUUAUUUCUAGUUCCUGAAGAGGAGCAAUAGAUUUCCGACACAUCCCUUGGUGCCAUGAAAUAAUCCUAAAGCACAGGUCUCUUUGAAAAGCCACCUCCCGUUAAAACAAAGUAGCCAUAAACCGCGUGAAGCUCCCAGCCCAGCACACUGGAGACAGCGGGAAUGUAAAGGAGUGUCCUUCUGGCAGUUUGAUGUUGUGUACCAGUUUUACCCUUAAGUGUGUAGAAAACAAAUAGGUUAUUGUCUUUGCUGUGCUGUGUUGUUUCAUGUGGGGUUAUUGUUUUCUGAGAAUGUGAAAUGUUUUCUGGGAUACUACGUGCUGUCUCAUCCAUUGCCAUGGGACUCUUGCCUUUGGGUAAAGAUACAGUGUGCAUGGAAUCAUAUGGAAUGCAAACAUUGACUCUUACAGAGAUUCUUUUCAAAUCUUUAUCAGAAAACCAAAGGUGUCCAUCACAGCAUCCAUUUUUCCAUAGACUCACAUGCUACUAAUCCACACCAAGACACUAAAGAACCAAACAGACAGCAGGUGGUCUUCUAUAAUUCCUAAGAUGACUGGUUGUUAAGCCGUGUCUCGUCUCCAUCUGUUUUUAUACACAAACUUUCUCUGUGUUACCAAAUGGUUGAAAUUUGCUUUUGUUCAUGCUUACUGACCAACCCAAAGUGUUUCAGUCCCUCAGAGUUUGUGAUCUGAUAUUUCAGUCUCCGGCAUGAGUUCACACAAUGAUGCAUAGAGAUGCAGAGUCCUCGGCCCCUUGGUCAGUCUACAGUCUUAAUGUACAGAAAUGAGAAUGUCAUCUUAUAAUGGUCUUUUAUUAAACUUGAUUGUAAAGAAAA